GGCGAGCCUCUCGCGUAACAGCUUAUAGACCGGCGCGACGCACACAAACCGUUGUGCCUCUAAAUUUUAAAAUCGCAAACUCGCACGAUUGGGACACAUGGGUGGGGAAUUUCCGUAACAAACCAGAUACUCCUAUACGCGAAUCUCUCGCGUGUCGAUUUCUUCGUACAAGGGGAUGAGACAGAGGUACGUCGCGCCUAUGUGCCUUACUUAUCCGCGUUCUUAUUUCUCUCUCUCUCUCUCUCUCUCCUCCUUCGCGAUUCCCCGACUCAUGAAUAUGCGAUGAGGUUCAAUGAUCCGAGCUCGCUCCGAGUCUCCAGUGCUGCUGAUGCACAAAGGGCUGUUGCCAGGUCCAUUAUAAACAAUGAGCCGACGCAUCUUCGAGCUUGAAAUUCAAAAUGAUUUAAGUACUCUCAUUUUUCUUGAAUUAUUCAAUCAACCCUGCGCAGAGAUUCACCGAAGGAGAGCAUAGAGUAUGUAUACGUCUCUGGAAAGGCAAAGCGCUCGCGCUUUAUGGGCAUUCUUUCUCCGCGUCGUAAAACGAACUAUGCUCGUAAUAAAGGAAAAAAGGUUAAAAUAUACGGUCGCGCGUGUGUGUACACUGUGUAUAUGGCUCUCUCAGUCAAGCACCUGCACAGAGAGCCACACAAGAAUGGACUGGACGUAUGCGCUCUUGUGUUUACGAUGCAAGUAAUGAUCCUCGUGUACUUGCGAAACUUUGCACGUCUCUCUUUCGAUCUUAACGAUUCGACCUGAUCAUCGGAGCCAAUUAAGUCGCAUAUGACGUAUAGGUCAGCGCCCCAAAACUGCAUUCUCUAUCUAUCUCUUCUCCGAUGCGAAUUCCAGCCGCAACAGUGUGGCGCAAAAAAGAACGUGUUUAUCACAUGUGGAAGUGGAAAAAAUUCUCGUGCCGCGAAUUCUCGGCGCCUCGAGAGAGCGCUGCUAAUCUGACGAAAUGCAAAUUUCGCCGGCUCCGAACGACCUAGAGAAGGUCUCCCUCUUGGCUCUCGUUGAGUCAGAUUCCAGGAUUUUUAUAAGCGCGAUGACGCAAAAAUUCCUUCUGCCGACGAUCAUCCAUAAUAUGCACCCGAGACGCCUCCUCCAAAUUAUUAUUCAUUACUUCUGUAUCUUCGGGUAAACAAAACUCAAUCGUGUUCUUCUCCAAAGUAGUCGACGACCAAGUUUCGCGCUGAUUUAAUCAUUUCGGCCGACAUUCAUCAAGUCUAUAUGUAUCCUUCAAAGUAUCGGAUUGUUGCUUUCGAGGACGAGCCAUUUGUCAUGUGUAUAGCAGGCUGCAAUGGACCGCACAAUAAGGAGUUUAGAAACUCCGAAAAUUAUGGGAAUACGCACAGAUAUACCAACUCCGCGCGAGGUUGCGCCGAAAUUGGGCAACGCAAACCGGAAUAUCAUCCUACAUAGCAGCAUCUUUCUUCGGCCUUCCUCUUCGGACUUUCCCGCAUAUAGCUUGUAUAACAAUCACAUGGUCGAUCUUCCGACGAACCUGUCGAACUGGCACAUACCCAGACCCUCGUUGGUCGCCAAGAGCGAGAAGAACGAGAGCGAAAAUGGCACGUGGAAACAUCACCCGGACUCGCCACCCUCGAGAGGCUCUACCUCAUCGCAAGGAUCCACCGUCAGCACUCAUAGCGCGGCAUCCGGCACUCUACUGCUGACGGCAGCGAACCUGGCGAACCUCGCGGCUAUUCACCCGCCGCGAAUCGGUGCUCUGGGACCGAAACAGAUGGACACGGCAUCGGUCGCCAGUAGCACCCACUUCACCGUCGUCAACGGCCUUGGCAGACCGAGCAACAAUUGCCAAAAGUCCUGGUGCGCCCGCAACCAGCUCACCGUGCUCGUCUGCACCAUGAGCUUCCUGUUCAUGCUUGGCCUUCUUGCCGGCGUUCUCUACAUCGAGAUGAGAGCCAGGGGCAGAUACAACUAAUAGUCGCUUUGCCCGCUGCUUGUAUCUCUGCCGAGGAACCACGUCCUCCAGGACAACGACGGGAGCCGCCGAGAUGAUGUUGACUGCCUCUGCGAUUUCCGAGAAACGCAUCACGAUUCAUCGAGCUAUCCUUACACACACUUUUGCCAAUUAUUGCUCUUAGCCGUUAAGUUGUAUUGCGCUGGCCACGAGCCGCGCGGUACGUGACUCUCUUCCUUGAGUAAUUACGUUUGUGUAAUAAUCCAUGCGCUAUUUCUGCGCUUCUAGGCUUUGUAAUUUGUAUACAGUAUAUAUAUAAUGUGGUCUUGUCGAGCCUCGAGGAUCAUCGAGCUCGUCAUCGGGAUUGUUGCGAGUAUAUGUAAUGUGACACUGCGCAGCGGAGGUGUACACCUUAUGUCGCCUAUGUCACUAUUCGUCUCUAUCUCUGUAAGCAAAACGAAACAAGGCACAUGGCCCUACGCUCCGGGGUGGACCGUGAGCGCAUUGGGAUUACGUUCUUUUUUUUUAGUACCACAUUAGUAUCAUUUAGCGUGUAAUUUUCUUAAAUUAUGACUUAACGGUAAUUUAAUUGCUACUAACAGUAUCAAAAAACUUAACUGUUAGUUCGAAAUUCCAUGUGGUUGCUAAGCGAAAUUCGAGUAUGGAAUUUUUGAAGAACCACAAGCGACGAGCGUUUGUAACAAAAAAAACUAUGCGUCUGUGAUAUUACAUGUGUAUUAAUUACUCACUUAAGCCAACAAGAAACUUUCACAUCAUUGAA